UGAUGUGCUGGAAUUGAACGGCAGUGAUUGUUAGGUGCAUCAAUUUACUUUUCCCAGUCCGAAAGAGAAAACCUUUUUUUUUUUCUCUUUUAUUCCAAGAGAAUUUUUUCAAUGGUGGAUCCCAUACAUCACCACCAAAUUUCCUUGUAGUUCCCGUCUGCUUUUUUAACAUUUAUCUGAUCUUAACAAAGUCCACCAUGUUUAUCUCCAUCUCCUAGCCUGCCCCUUCUUCUUUUGAUCCUUAUUUUUCUCUUCUUCUACAGACACUGCCUCUCUCUCUCUCUCUCUAUCUCUCCACCAGUCAUGGACUUGUUGCAUAUUGAAAACCAUGGCAAGAGGAGGAGGAUGAGGAGCAACCUUGAAGAUGAUCCACCAACAACUGGAAUGGAACAUCUGCCACAUGAGAUCAUCCACGAUAUACUUUCAAGAUUACCCAUCUCUUCUUUGGUGCAAUUCAAGUGUGUUUGCAGAACUUGGAGAGCCUUAGCACAAGAUCCUCACCUUGUAAAAUUCCAUCUCUCUGCCACAACCAACAGCGACCCUUGCCUAAUCCUUCACUGCGAUUUUCCCAUCAGGAACCAGCUUUACUUCGUGGAUUUUGCCGCUCUACCAGAUCAAGGAAAAGACAAGGUAAAAAGAAUCAAUGCACCCUUUUGGCCUAUCAUGCCAGAGUUCGAUGUGGUAGGGUCCUGUAAUGGUUUACUUUGUUUAGCUGAUUCACUUUACAAUGAUGCUGUCUAUGUUUACAAUCCUUUCACUAGGAAACAUAUAGAGCUCCCAAAAUCGCUGAAAUAUCCUGACCAAGAAGUGGUUUUUGGGUUCGGAUUCCAUCCCAAAACUGAGCAAUACAAAGUAGUAAAAAUUGUUUACUACAGGAAUAGUCAUAGUGGCUACCCUCGAGCCCGUAGGCUCGUCUAUCCGCAAUCUGAAGUCCAAAUUUUAACUUUAGGCAGCCCCAAAUGGCGGAGUCUAGGCAAGAUACCAUUCCAGCUCGUUCGCCGCCCCUCGGAGGCCCUGGUUAAUGGAAGACUUCAUUGGGUUAGUCGACACCGUAGAUAUAACCCUGCUCGGCUGCUAGUCUCACUUGACUUGGCUGAUGAGCAAUUCCGGGAAGUCCCGAAGCCGGACAGCGGUAGCCUAAGUAGACGCAACUAUCAUCUUGCGGUGUUAAGAGGGUGCCUUUCUGCUGCCGUUUAUUGCAGCUAUGGAAGAUUGGAGAUUUGGGUAAUGAAAGAGUAUAAUGUGAAGGAGUCUUGGGUGAAGGAAUACAGUAUUGGAACUUACAUGCCAAAAGGUUUGAAGCAAAAUCUUGAUAGGCCUUCCAAAAUUUGGAAGAGUGCUUUGAAUGGAAGAGUUGUUAGAGUUUUGGGCCUUCUGCAGAAUGGAGAGGUUUUGUUGGAGUACAAAAGCAGAGUUCUUGUUACUUAUGACCCAAAUCUUGGAAAGUUUAAGGACCUUACAUUACAAGGGACACCAAAAUGGUUUCAAACCGUGGUUCAUGUAGGCAGUCUCAGUUGGAUUAAUACUACCAUUCAUACAUAGAAGUGGAUGAUGAUUUCUUCUCCUGUAAGUUAAUUUGCUCCUUAUGCCUAAGAACCUUAAUUAAUGUUUCUGUAUUGAUUAGUUUAGUGUUUUCAUACCAAGUUAACUCCAUGCUUAAUCAAUUAACUCCUUGCUUGUAUAGAUGAAACUCAAUUCAUUACUAGAAAUACACUCAUUCUAAAGAAAUAGCUUGAGUGAUUAUUAUCGGAA